AGUUGCUCGCCGCCGCGUUCGAGGCCGUUCCCUCGUCGCGCCGUCGACCUGCACCGCUCGCUAUCAGGUCCGCACGCCACGGCCUCGGCGGCCACACUCGCAGCUCGCCCCUCACUCCUACGCCUCGCCGGCGAGCCGCCUUCCGCCCUUUCGCUUCCGCCAUCUUCUGCGCGCUUUGGAUCAUCGUCCUCUCCUCUCGCUUGAGAUCCAGGCCCCUAAACCCUAGAGCUCGCCGUUUCGGCUCGCUCGCUCCGCGCUGGCGGCGGCAAUGGAGGACGAGGAGAUGGAGAAGAAGGUGCAGCAGUACCUGCAGCGCAAGGGGUUCCGCCUCACCGAGCUUGCGCUGCAGGAGGAGCGCAACCGCCUCUCCACCUCCGCCAUCUCUGACGUUGCGCUUGCACGGUCUGACAAUGAUCCAGCAAGGUACCAUGAUGGAUAUAGCAGAUUAAGAACAUGGGCAUAUAGUUCUCUUGAUCAAUAUAAGCACGAAUUACUUCGCGUCCUUUACCCAGUUUUUAUCCAUAGCUUCAUGGAUCUAGUGGCGGAGGGACAUAUGCAAGAAGCUCGGUCAUUUUUCCAUACAUUUCGGGAAGAUCAUGAGGUGAUGCAUUCAAGGGAUCUUCAGAAGCUAGAAGGCGUCCUCUCUCCUUCACACUUGGAGGAAAUGGAACUGGCCCGAUCUUUUAGGAAAAAUAAAUUUAAAAUUAAAUUAUGCGAGUAUUCGUAUGAAUUGCUUCUCCAGUAUCUCCAGAAAACACAAGCUCUUGUUGUGCUUGGAGUAAUCAAUGAGCACAUAACUUUUGAAGUAUCUCCUGGGCAGCCCUCAUUAAUCUCUGAUGAUGCUGAUGUUGUUGCUCUGAUUGGGACAAGUAAGGACUUGGCAAAACAGAUAAAUCAGAAGGAAGUACAUUGGGGGUUGCUUGAAGAUUCUGUUGAAGAGCGAAUGGAGAAGGCACUAGCAGAAUCUGAUAAAAUAGAAGCUGAAAGCAAGGAUGCUGAUGCAGAAGAUAACAAGAAAAGAAACGCAGAAGGUGGAAAGCAAGGUGCUUCUCUUAAGAAGGCCAAAAAGGACAAACUUGUAGGUGCGACUGGAAAAAACGUCAGAACUGAAACAAGCAUGGUUUCUGUGGCACCUCGAGUGAAACCGGAGCUAACUCUCCCAGCAACGCCUGUUGAAGUUGAACAAUCGAUUCUUGAGGACCUGCGAAACCGUGCACAACUGAAUAGCGUGGCAUUGCCAUCUGUCAGCUUCUACACAUUCGUUAAUACACAUAAUGGAUUAAACUGCUCAUCAAUAUCACACGACGGAUCGCUGGUUGUUGGUGGGUUUUCUGAUUCGUCAGUGAAGGUCUGGGAUAUGUCAAAGAUUGGCCAACCAACAAAAAUGUCAAGUUCACAGAGUGAGAAUGGAUCUUCCCAGGGUGAGCGCAUAUCAACAUUAGAUGAGGGGAAAAGAACUUAUACACUAUUUCAAGGCCAUUCUGGACCAGUUUAUUCUGCGGCCUUUAGCCCGUUUGGGGAUUUCCUCUUGUCAUCAUCUUCAGACUCGACAAUAAGACUAUGGAGCACCAAGCUGAAUGCGAAUCUUGUCUGUUACAAAGGACACAACUACCCAGUUUGGGAUGUCCAAUUCAGUCCAGUUGGCCAUUACUUUGCUAGUGCUUCACAUGACAGGACUGCUAGAAUUUGGUCAAUGGAUAAAAUCCAGCCUUUGCGAAUAAUGGCUGGGCAUCUUUCUGAUGUCGAUUGUGUCCAGUGGCAUGUAAACUGUAACUACAUUGCCACCGGCUCAAGUGAUAAAACUGUAAGACUCUGGGAUGUUCAGACGGGUGAAUGUAUAAGGAUGUUUAUUGGUCAUAGGAGUAUGGUUUUAUCACUGGCAAUGUCACCUGAUGGACGAUAUAUGGCCUCUGGAGAUGAAGAUGGAACAAUCAUGAUAUGGGAUCUCUCAACUGGCCGUUGUGUUUCACCACUACUAGGACACAGCUCUUGUGUGUGGACACUUGCUUUCAGUUGUGAAGGAGCAUUGCUUGCAUCGGGAUCGGCUGACUGUACCGUAAAGCUCUGGGAUGUCGCUUCCAGCACAAAAACCCUGAAGACAGAGGACACCAAAGGCAGCUCAGCUAACCGACUGAGACUGCUUAAAGCUCUCCCGACAAAAGCAACUCCUGUUUAUAGCCUGCGGUUUUCUCGGAGGAACCUUCUAUUUGCCUCUGGUGCUCUCUCGCUAAGCUCGUCGUAAGCUGUGUUUUGUAGAAUACAACUAGAACUGUUCCGGUUUUGACAUUGAGUACUGAAGCUGGCAUUUCGGAGACUCCGCUGUGGAUCCUAUUGUAGAGCUAAUCUUUUCAUCAGCAAUCCCAACGAACCCACAGCAUGUACUGCUGAAUUGAGCACCGCAGAUCCUUUGUAGCGUGUUGUAAUAUUGUAACAUUAUUAUUAGGUAAUUACGUUGUGUAAAAUUAUUGCUUAGGUUGUGACAUUAUGAAUGCCACUGUAAAUGUAAAAGCCUGAUAUCUUGUGUUCAAUGGUCUGUCAUGGGGUGGUCUAUCAUUAAGCUUAUAUGAUGUGCU